UAAGUAGUAAAUAUUUAUUUGAAACAAUUCUAGUUCACUCAACUCUGAUACUGUAUCAAUUUCAAAUGAUAAGGAAACUGAUGCUAUUUUAUCAUUAUUGGUAUUGUAAUACGAGUAUUGUUAUUAAUGCUAUUAGUACUCUCAAAUUAUUAUUGAUACUACUACUAUACUACUGCAAUUAUCAUUACAAUCUUUAAUAAGACUUACUCGUUGUUAAUAUGGAAAUUGAUGAAUAACUUUCACAGCAAGUUUAAAGAAUGUAACACAUUUAUUUCACUACUUUUAUAAAAAUAUUAUAUAAUCACAGAAGUUUGGUUCCAAUAUUGACUUUUAAAUUUAAUCCGAUAUUUUUGAAAAAUAAUCUUUUAUCUUUUUUUAUCAUGUAUAUAUAUAUAUAUAUAUUUAAUUUAGACGAGACUCGUCUUAACAUAUACGCCAUCUGCUGGAUAUAUUGAAGAAUUACUUCAUGAUUAUAUAUAAGACUGUGAUCAUUUACAGAAACAUUUUUAACCAAGUAUGAGUAGAAUAUCGAUCGUGAAUUUUACAAUCGGUAUAUAGUCAAAUGAUAAUGAAAUGCAAGCAAGAAAAUCUCUUGAAUUAACACUGGCUAUACUUAAACCACACGUUGUUAAAUCCCCUUUCGUGCUUCAGAAAAUUCGUGACUUGAUAAUCGAAAAUAAUUUCAAAGUUGUUAGAACCCGCAGAACUGUUUUGACAUCCGAAGAAGCAGCAUUGUUUUACUUUGAUCAUAAAGAUAAGUUCUUUUACAAUCGUUUGUUAACUUUUAUGUGUAGUGGCCCAUCAGAUAUUCAUAUCUUAGCUGCUCAUGAUGCUAUUGUACAAUGGAGAGGAUUGAUGGGUCCUACUAAAACAUAUCAAGCACAAUAUAUAGCACCAAAUAGUAUUCGAGGUAUGUUUGGUCUCUCAGAUACUAGGAAUGCAACUCAUGGGUCGGAUUCUCCAGAAGCUGUGGAACGAGAAAUAGCAAUAUUUUUUGAAGACUUUAACAUAAAACAGUGGUAUGAAAGAGAAGAAAUAUUUUAUAACUUAGAAAAAUUACAAUUUGAUCCAGUAUCUUUUGUACAUAUUGUUGACAAAAGUUCUGUAGUUCCUAACAAAAAAUAAAACACAAGAAGAGAAACAUGCAAAAUAGCUUUGUUGCUAGCAAGUGACAAAUUAUAUAAAAUCUAGUCAAAUAAAUUUAUAAAAUAAAAAUAUAUCAGAGUCAUAAAUUAGAAUAGAUUUGUUGUAUUAUGUUAAAACAUGAGUACAUAUUUCUUGGAAAAAUACAUACAAUAUAUAUUUCAUUUUCACUUGAAAUUGCAAUGUACAAGCUAAUUAUAAAUAAUGAGACUAGAUAAUUUUCACAUAAAAUGUAUAUACAAGUUAUUUUUUGAUUUGUGAAACGAUUGAUAUAAAGUCAAUUGUGCAAAUACCCUGGAUUCUGACACAAUAUACAACAUUUUAUUAAUA